AUGACGCACGACAACGUCGUCGAUGAAUCUCUUCCGUCUGUAGAUAAUUCUGAGGAAAAACAAGGAAUCUGGGCAUCGAUUUUACGCGAUGUAAAAGCGUCGACUAAAAAAGCACCGGCCACGAAAUCACUCGUCGUUUUCGGUGAUAAUGAAAGUGGUCGAACAACCUUAGUAGCUAAACUACAAGGCGAAGAAGAUCCAAAACGUGGCGCCGGUCUUGAAUAUCACUACAUCGAUGUUAAAGACGAUGAUCGAGACGAUACUCCGAAAUUAGGUGUAUGGAUUCUCGAUGGUGAUGUCACGUGUGCCUCUCCGUUACUUAAAUAUGCAAUAAAACCAGAUACAAUUGAGAAUACAGUACUUAUUCUCGUUGCUAGUAUGACUCAACCAUGGUUGUUAUUAUCAACAUUAAAGAAAUGGAUUUCAUUAAUCGAAGAGCAUAUCGAUCGAUUAAAACUUGAUCCGACACGUUUACGUGAAAUGCGCGAUCGCUUACAAUACGAUUUUCAACAUUAUACCGAACCGAAUGAGUCAUCGGUGAUGAUGUCGUCAUCAUCAUCGUCGACAACAAUUAAAAACGGAGUAUCGAAUAAUCGAAUUGCGACGUCAAUAUCAUCUGUUUCCAUUGCGUCAACAUCAACACCCUCGAAUGCAAAUAACACCGACGAUCAAGUUGUUUUGCCACUAGCUGAAGGUGUUUUAACGAAAUUGCUCGGAAUUCCAAUAAUUGUUGUUAUCACAAAAUGUGACACAAUGGCUACAUUGGCAAAGGAUAACGAGUACAAAGAUGAACAGUUUGAUUUUAUGCAAUAUCAUUUGAGAAAAUUUUGUUUAGAGUAUGGUGCUGCAUUGUUCUAUACAUCGGUGAAAGAGAAAAAGAAUAUUGAUAAAUUAUAUCGUUAUAUUUUACAUAAAUGCUACGGUUAUACGUUUACAUCUUCUGCAGCGAUUGUUGAUCGCGAUGCCAUCUUUAUUCCAGCGGGCUGGGAUAAUCCGAAAAAAGCAGAGAUCUUAUUAGAAAAUCUCAAUCGAUUAAGGCCAACCGAUCAGUAUUCAGAUGUUUUUGUCAAACCUAUUGUUCGACGGCCGUUACAACGCGACAAUGAACUCAUCACUGCAGAGGAUGAUCAAGAAUUCUUAGCACGUCUCCAACUAACACUCAAUCGUGCUUCAUCACCCGGACGAUCAGACGACACAUCUUCACCUGUUGUAACACGAAAUUCCAUGACGUCAGGUGGAACUAGUAGUAUGGGAAUGCAGACACCAUCUGUUGCUAGUCGGCCGCGAAAUCCAACCAAUCCCGGAAUUGGUGGUGGUGGUAAUGCGGCGACAAAUGAAGGUGCCCUAGCCACAUUUUUCAAUAAUCUUUUAACGAGAAAAGCAGGUGGUCCAGUCACUCCGACGACGACGAGUUCACCGCCUUCUUCUUCGCGGCAAAACAUUGACAGCAGCGGCGUUGAUUCAAAUGCAACAGCUAGCCAAAAUUCUCAAAAACAACCGGAGCAAUCAUAA